ACACAUCUGGAGGAGUACUCUGAUAUCAUCACCUACUUUACAUCUAUCCUCUCUGAACUCGAUCCAUGCAAGCCUGAAACUUCCCUUCGAGAUAACUUGAUCCACAUACAGGAUUCAGGUCUCGCAUUGUGGCUGACACGGUAUUGUCCAGACGAUUGGCAGUUCGAGGCAUUGGUGCACCCUAACUUUAACUUAGAGGGCACAUUCAUUCGCACGGUUCUCGUAGAUGGGCCCUUCAAUGCUAGAGAUAUGAUUAUAUUCAAUGUAGAGGCUGUACUUGAGUCUAGUGGCCCCAUCGAAGAAAAGCUCCUUGUCGAUCAACUCGUUUUCGAAAGCGCGGCCAUGGAUAUCAGUGGGCCCCUUGAAUGUGUGCACAUGUGUUUACAAAACCCCAAAGGCAUCGCCUCCGAACCAUUAUUCUACAUGGCAUACAACCUAGAUGACCAAGGGGAGAUAUCACACCUUCGGAAGGCGCUAAUGUGGGUUUUGCACAAUGCAACCGCAAUGCGUCAUGCAGAGGGUCCACCGUCUCCUUCAGAAAAAGACACUGUGGUUCCCGAGUUCGCAGUGUUGGCGGUCCGAAGAGCCGAGCAAUCCGGAUCAGCAUCUCCGGGACGACUUCGAUCCUUCGAAUUUGUCAAGAACAUGUCGGACGAAGAGUGGGAGGAAUGGUCAGCAAGAAUCAAAUCGAUGGUCAUGGGUAUUAAUUUACGUGGCUUGGAACCUGGGCCAAUACACGACCAAU